UAUAUAAGUUAUUUCUAAUUAUUGCAUUAAUUUAAUUAUAUAUUUUUUAUCAUUAAAUUUAACCUGGAGACUUCCGCUCGGAUUCAAUCCAGAUCGGUGAUGAAAUUUCAGCCCGAAGUUCUCAGGUUGAAUAAGCCAAUAAAUGUUAUCAUUUCUUUUGUUACGUGCACUGCUAUGUUACGUAUAAUUGCGCGAUCCGAUUAAUCAGUCUAAGUUUUGCAUUCGUUAAGCUAACACAAUGUGUUUUGCACAUACUGCCCAGGUGCAUGUGCAACUACUAAAGAAUCCGCUGCCAGAUGUCAUACCAAUCUUUAGACCACCCCCGAUUGUUGAAGAUGCACUCUCCGAUGAUGAGAUCAUCAAUAAUAACGUCAAUGUUGUCAUUGAGACAGAAGAUCUAAAUGAUCAGGAGAAUUUUCGGCAAGUGAAAAUCGUGCCCGAUUUCCAUGUACGUCAUAACGCUGAUAAUGAGGAGGAGCGUAACAAUACCAACAUCAUCAGCAUCAGGGAGGAUAACACAAGAUUCUUUUGGUACAACUACAUGUUUGGAGCAUUGAUUGUAAUACUAUUUAUUGUUAUCUAUUUCAUUCAAAUGUGAA